AUGCAGCCAAAGCUGCUGCAGCUUCUUCAACUGCUGCUCCUGCUGCAUGUCAAGGGAGAGGCAGAGUGCUCGGCGACAGCUGACAGGCCGCUGCUGAGAGAUACCAGGCCGAAAGCGCAGCUAGCUGACCUCAUCGGUCUCGAGGAAGCAAAGGCGGUGCUGCGGGAGGCAGUUACAUUGCCGCUGCAGCUGGCGGAAGUCGGCAGCAUCUUUUGGCGCUCAGCCGAGCGGAGUGCCGUGUUGCUUUCCGGCCCGGAAGGGAUAGGAAAAAGAGCUGCGGCAGAAGCAGCGGCAGCAUUGGCCGGCGCCCGGGUGUUGCACCUGGCAGCAACUGAUGCCGUCAAAACAGACUUCUGCAGGACAGCAACAAGCACACAGGCUUCUGCUUUCCAGAAGCCUGUCCUCAUACUCGUCGAAGGGCUCGAGUUCGCCCCGGAAGCCGCGCUGUCGAUUCGGCGCUGCCUUGCAGAGGUGGCCAAAGCUGAGGGCUCGCAACCAGUUGCAUGCGUGGCAACUGCCGGCUCCGACCCAAGACAGUUUCUUCGAGCGAUCGAGCUCGUUCCAUUUGGCUUCAUGGUGCAAGUUUCACCACCUAGCCAGGCAGAGCGCAAGCAGUUUCUCUUGAAGCUCUUCGCACAGGUCUCCAGAUCAGAUGCCCAGUGGGGAUCGGCAUUGCGAGAAGCUGCUGUCGACACGAUAGCAAAUCUUACCGCCAACUACACCUUUGCAGAGAUAGACUUCGUUGUCCGUCGAGCAUUCCUUCGAAGUACUCAAGAGGAGGGCUCACGAGAUCCUGUCGCACUACAUCACUUUGAAAAGAUCUUAGCAGAAACGCCAGCCCAGAGCUUCAGCGCCUUUGAGCAGGGCGCAUCCAGUCGCACGGCACCUAUGAGCAGUCCGGCGAUGGGUGCUAGUGCUGGUGAAGAGCCGCCCUCGAAGAAGGAUUCCGAUGGCAAGCGGAAGAAGAGGGAAGGUGGCAAGGAUCCCAUGGAGAGCAUCUUCGGCUGGUGCAAUUUCUGGUUGCCCGAAGCCUUUCAUCUGCCUCCCGUCGUGUGGGCAAUGGUGAUCUUUGGUAUCAUGGCCCACCUGAUGGCCAGAACCACGUACCAGCCGUACACCAACCGUCGGCGGCGCGGCGCUGAAAGGGGCGGUAUGGGUGGUCGCAGCUCCCUUUUCGGUGAUCUAAAGGGCAACCCGUACGGACCACUGGGCGAGGGUCUCGGAGAAUGGCCUCUCGGGGGAAUGGGAGGAAUGCCUGGCAUGGGCGGCAUGGGAGGUCUGGGAGGUUUGGGCGGCUUCCCUACACCACCUGGGUUCGGUCCAGACCUUGAGGGGAGCUGCCCUGUUGCGUUUGCUUGCCCUCGCGCCAGUCUGUGCUAUGGUCAACAUGAACUUCUGAAAACCGCGACCUUCGCAGCGCUUAGCUCAAGCGUCCUUUAG